CUAGCUUCGUGUUUAUCUAACUUGUUUCUCUUUUUCGUCUGCUCUUAAAGCUAAAUUGUUUUCAGGUGUGAACUCAACUCAAACCGCUCACAAGAUGUCGGAGAAGAAGAUGUCAUCCAGUCGCAAACAUCACCUCAAGAGUGUGAUGCUGGCUGUUGCUAAAGGUAUCUUGGAGGAGGAGUCGAGGGAGCGUGAGGCGGAGAGAGUGCGGUACAUGGCUCAGUGCUGCCCCCCUCUGGAUCUACCCACCAACAUGCAAGAGCUGCAGGAGUGUUGUCGUGAGCUCCAUCACAAAAUCGACGUCAUCGAUGAGGAACGCUACGACCUGGAGGUGAAGGCCAACAAAAGUAACAAGGAGAUUGAAGAUCUGAAAAUUAAAGUUCAAGACUUGAUGGGCAAGUUCAGGAAGCCCACCCUGAAGAAGGUGCGCAUGUCUGCGGACGCCAUGUUGAAAGCUCUGCUGGGCUCCAAGCACACCGUCAACUUGGACCUGAGGGCCAACCUCAAGCAGGUCAAGAAGGAAGUCAAAGAUGAGGACAAGGAGCUGCGGGAUGUUGGGGACUGGCGUAAAAACAUCGAGGACAAGUCGGGAAUGGACGGCAGGAAGAAAAUGUUUGAGAACGAGGCUUGAAAUAUAUUUUUUGUUUUGGUCCAACUUUCUUCUUUGAUUGAAGCACACAGGUGGCAGGUGUGGUAAUAAGUGUUGAAUGAAACUUUUAUAGCGCAUACAUGGUCAAGAACACUAUUGACUUUUAACUAUACCACCAUGCGUAGGCAGAGCCCCCUAAAAAAAUGUCUUUCCCCCGCAAUUUGAAAUUUGAAAGUUGAAAAAGUACAUUUUAAUAUACUCACAAAUGUAAUAAACAGUGAAACCCCCA